GUCCCGAAUUCCGAUUCCGGAUUCCGGAAUUGUUUUGAUGUUUUCAUUUUUGUUUGUAUUUAAAAGUUCAAAAUCCCUGUGAUGGUUUCAACGAGAGGAAUCAAAGUGAAAUUUUACGAAGGAGAAAGAGUUUUAUGUUACGAACCAGAUCCAACGAAAGCAAAAGUUCUGUACGAUUCAAAGGUUCUGGAUAUUGUUAUCAAUAAGGACCACAGAGGAAGAAAGGCAAUAGAGUAUCUUAUACAUUUUCAAGGGUGGAACUCCUCUUGGGAUAGAUGUGUUGCUGAGGAGUUUGUACUGAAAGAUACAGCUGAAAACAGACAGUUACAAAAAGAUCUUGCAGAGAAAUCCCAAUUACAACUGGGUGCAUAUUUGUAUAGAAGAGAAAGGAAGAAGGGCAGGAAAAGUGGUGACCAAUCGUUCAUCUCAGAAGAUGGUAAUUCUGGAAGUCCAGGAAGAAUGGAUACAGAUGAUGGACAGGGUGUGAUCAGUAGCUCUGAAGAAGACUCUUCUACAGAAGAUGAAAUUAUACAUGUUGAGCUCACACCAGAAUUAAGAGAGAUACUUGAGAAUGAUUAUCACUUUAUCAAAGAAAAGAAUAAGCUGAUGAAAUUACCAGCAGAUCCAAAUAUAGUGACAAUAUUAGAAUCAUACUAUCGACAUUAUGCUACUAACCAAAUUUGUGGUUUAACUGAAAAAUCUACAGGAAGAUAUAGAUUGCCACCUGCCAAUCCAAAUCAGGUUAAAGCAAAACCAGAAGAUAUUCAAAAAAAUUUGACAGUGUGUAGAGAAGUUAUGGAUGGUCUCAGAAUCUACUUUGACUUCACUGUGAACAAUUUACUUUUAUACAAACCUGAAGAAAAUCAGAUUCCUACAAAACAAGCAAUAUUUGAUUCUCUCAUAAUAGAAGAAAUGAAACAUGAAAUGAAAUCUGAUGAUGAUUUCAUCAAUAUGAAUAAUAAUUCUAGUAAUGGUAAUUAUUCUGGUCAAAAUGGUAUUGACACUGGUAAAAUUAAUGCUAGAAGACGUACUUUGAGAUCAAAUAGAAGUGAUUCACAACCAAAUGGAAAUUCUUCACCCCAAGAAAAUUGCACUGAUAACAGUGUGAAACCUGCUUCUAGUGUAGCCAGCAGUAAUUCGGACAUAACGGGCCCCAUAACAAAAACGAUGUCCUGGAGACUACUUCCCGAGCACAUAUACCAUCAGCAACCGCCUCCACCCUGUAUGGUAUACGGCGCUACUCACUUGACGCGUCUCUUGGUCAAAUUGCCCGAUUUAUUGACGGCGUCAAGUAUCACAGAGGAAAAGCUCAAAGUGCUUUUAACACACGUAGAUUUGUUUAUUGAUUAUUUGAAUGAGCACAAAGAAUGGUAUGGCGCUGAACAUUAUAUGGAUACGUUUUGAUUCAACCUCGAUUCUCAAAGGAUAAAUUCGAUUUAUUAAGUACUAAAGACUGUAUUAUUUAUAGUUAUUGUAAGCCCCAAAAUGUGAAUAAAAAAUAGAUUAAGUAU